AUGGCUACUGACAAUGUGAGGCUGGAAAGGAUGGAAAUUGGGAUGCAGUUACUGUUGCUCAGGAUGGCUGAAAAGGACGGAGAAGCCGAGAAAUUGGCUAGAGCUGAGCUUAUCACAGAAGCAAACCUCGGCGGCCAGGGCGAGACUACUCAGCUGAAUCCACUGGUUCCAGUCUCCAAAGCAACUGCUGAAAAACUUUCGAACGAGCUGGAUGAGGUUGGCAGGAAUCGAACAGCAAGGUGGUCAAAGUCUGGGAGAACCUGUGUAGUUUCCUGA